AGUAUCAUAGGAUUACGUUAAGUCAGACGAUCCUAGUGCCGAAAAUGUCGGACACAAAUGGACUUUAAGCGCAUUGUUACGUCACUUAAAGUCUGAGGGCAAGGACACAGCAUUGCUGAUGUCACAAAUCGAAGAUGUAGUUAUCAAGGCUGUUUUGGCUUCAGCUAAUUCUAUUAUAUCUGCCUGCAAAAUGUUUGUGCCCCACCAAAACAACUGUUUCGAACUGUAUGGAUUUGACAUCCUAAUUGAUUCUAACCUCAAACCUUGGCUGUUAGAAGUCAAUCUUUCUCCAUCUUUAAAUUGUGACAGUCCGCUAGAUGUCAGACUUAAAUCCGCCAUGUUGGCCGACCUGCUCACAUUGGUCGGAAUUCCAGCGGUAGAUCCUAUACUUAGACCAAGCAGUACAGUCAAUCUCUCAAAAGCUGUUUUGAGCCUGAAAUGA